AUGAGCAAAAACAACGGGCAACAAAUGAGCAAGAAAGAAAAAGAAAGAGAGGGAAACAGCAUUUCAAGGGUUCGCUUUAUCUAUACUCUCCAAACCUGUAUUAAUAAAAAUAUAUUAUCAAUUGAGCCUGAAAUACAGUCAUUUGGCGGCCUAGCGGACGGAAAUCAUCGCGAUCUACGAGCAAGCAUACGGGCGAAAACUUAUCCGACAAAAGUUCCUCCGCCAAGAUGUCGCUCAAAAACUAUGAUCAGAAAUUUAUACGAAGAACCGACCUCUCGACCCCGUCGAACGCUGAUCUUAGAAACGCGAAAACGACUUGCUCUUGGAAAAAUUUAUGUUUAG